CGGGGCGGGGCCGGCCGGCCUGCGGGGCGGGGCGCGCGGCGGCACCCGGCGCGAUGGCGGCGGACGGGGACUGGCAGGAUUUCUAUGAGUUCCAGGAGCCAGCCGGGAGCCUCCUGGACCAGGAGAACUGUAACGCGAGCCCCGAGGCUGGGGCCGGGCCGGACGGGGACGGCGAUGGCUUCUCGGCGCUGGCCAGCAGCCUGGAGGAGAAGCUGAGCCUGUGUUUCCGCCCCUCGGGUCCCGGCGCCGAGCCCCCGAGGGCGGCCGUGCGGCCCAUCACGGAGCGCAGCCUCCUGCAGGGGGACGAGAUUUGGAAUGCUCUGACAGACAAUUACGGAAAUGUAAUGCCUGUAGACUGGAAAUCAUCCCAUACCCGGACCUUGCAUUUGCUUACUUUGAAUCUCUCAGAAAAAGGGAUAAGUGAAGGUUUGCUCUUUGACACCUCAGAUGAAGAGGAGCUGCGAGAACAGUUGGAUAUGCACUCGAUUAUCGUCUCCUGUGUGAACGAGGAGCCCCUGUUCACUGCAGACCAGGUUAUUGAAGAAAUUGAAGAAAUGAUGCAGGAAUCCCCGGACCCAGAGGAUGAUGAAACCCCUACCCAAUCAGACCACCUCUCAAUGCUCUCCCAGGAGAUUCAAACUCUUAAGAGGUCUAGUACAAGCAGUUAUGAAGAGAGAGUGAAGAGGCUGUCUGUCUCUGAGCUGAAUGAACUCCUGGAGGAAAUCGAGACGGCCAUCAAGGAGUUCUCCGAGGAGCUUGUGCAGCAGUUGGCCUUGCGAGAUGAACUGGAAUUUGAAAAGGAAGUGAAAAACAGCUUUAUUUCUGUCCUGAUAGAAGUGCAAAAUAAACAGAAAGAGCACAAAGAAACAGCCAAGAAGAAGAAGAAGCUCAAAAAUAGCAGCUCUCAGAAUGGGAAGAAUGAGAGAAGUCCCAUGCCGGGCACACGCUUCAGCAUGGAAGGGAUCUCACAUGUCAUUCAGCAUGGCCUUCGCCACACCUUUGGAAAUUCUGGUGGAGACAAACAGUAUUUGACCACAGUCAUUCCUUACGAGAAAAAAAAUGGACCACCAUCUGUUGAAGAUCUUCAGAUCUUAACAAAAAUUCUUCGUGCUAUGAAGGAGGACAGUGAAAAAGUUCCAAGCUUAUUGACUGACUACAUACUGAAAGUUCUGUGUCCUACAUAGAGCUACGUGGCUUCAGGAGCAGCUUUCCUUCUUAUGAACUGCGAGCUCAAUUUCCUGCAGCACAAUUCCGAAGACUUGCUACAUAAUCUUCCUGCUAUUGGAAACCCAACACGCUUGAACUUGGGUUUGGGAUUCAGUAUUAACAGAUGAACACUUUACUAAUUCUUUACAUAGAACCAAGAGUACUAUGGCACACUGUUGAAUUCUAGAGAUGGAUAAACUCACUCCUAACAAACUCUUCUCUACAUUGUUCCAGUAGAGUUAAUUGUGCACAGUUAUAUAUUUUGUUAACUGACAAUAUAUCCCAUUUGAGCUUUUAUGGUUUUCUACAUCUAACCUGCACUGAAGAGCUAAAGCACUGAGAGAUUUUAUACUACAGCUAUCCUCCAGUGGCAGGAAGCAGUGUGCAUUUUUAUGAGAAUUGUCAGUAUACAUAUUACCUACCAGUGUUGUCCAGAGAGACUGAAACUUAACAACUCCGGCUGUUUGGAAGCAGCAACGCCCCAACAUGCAUCACUUCUGCUCUGAUGGAUGUGGAGAUUCUUGAGGCCUGGUGUUGUGGUGUGCUGCUUGUUUUACAUUCACAUUCUUAGCCAUUUUGGUUGUCACUUUAGAAUCUUGUUACCUUCUGAUGUGUCACUGUCUGUUCCCUGGUCUGUGAGUGUGUGGGCCUUGGAAGGAGUUGGUGUCCUUUAAGGUGUGAAGAAACUGCUUGUUAAUAACUGGUGUUAAUUUGUGCCCGUGUGCUUUCCUAGUGUAUAACUCUAGAAACACCAGCCCAUGGAUGCUAUACUCAUCAUGAACACUUUUACCAGAUUCAAUCAAGUUGAUGUUUAAUAAAUGUAAAAAUAAUAUAUA